AUGACUACCACUGCAUCGGAACCACGACCUACCGGCCGCAAAGCGCCAAUGCAAGUACCAUCUCUCGGCUUCUCACGAAUGGGCACGGCAUCCAUGCGCACGGCAUCCAUGCGCGCUGCGCUUGAACAGCUAGGAUACCACACCCAUCACGGCUUUGAUCCCCAGGACUUCCCUCUGACCUCGAUAGGUUGGGAUAGAGUUGCCGAUCUCAAAUUCUACCCACAAAAGAGUGACAGGAAGCUGGAGAAGAGGGAUCUUGAUGACUUGUUGGGAAGUUAUGGGGCGGUGACGGAUAUGCCAUGUUUUGCGUUUUGGGAGGAGUUGGUGGAAUUCUAUCCCGAGGCGAAAGUCGUCCUCGUACAAUGCGACUACGAUUCGUGGCAUGGAUCUCUUGUCCCUCUGCUCGAUGGUCUCUUUGGUGGAAAGGCGGUCCUAGGCUACAAGACGAUAGCACAGUGCCAAAAGACAUGGCUCGGCUACUUCCAUGCCCGCAACCAAGCAGAGAUUCUCGCCAAUUCUCGCCAGGUUUACGACGAGCACUACCUCUCCAUCGGCAAGGCCGUUCCACCAGCACGACUGCUGAACUUCGAGCUCGCGUACGGCUGGGAGCCCCUCUGCAAGUUCUUAGAUAAGGAUAUUCCAGAUAAACCAUUCCCUAGAAUCAACGACACGAAGGCAUUGGAGGAGAAGAUGAUGAAAGUUACUGGUACUAGGAUAGCAGCUGGUUUCGUGGAUUCACCAUAA